GUUCUGUACUGUCUUAGCCUGUCCCCCCCACCCAACACAGUCUCUCUCUCUCUCUCUAACAGUCCAAGUCCAAAAGCCACUACCACAUUGGCUUUUUUCGCCUUUUGUUUCUGUGCUUCCUGUGCAAUUGUCCAUGUCUGCUGCUUCUGCUCCCUCUUCUCAGAACCUGCAAAUGGGGGAGGAAUCAUACUUUGAAUUUCUUGUUAUUAUUUGAUGCCCCCUUUCUUUUCUUCUAUCUUUUAGCCCUCUUGUUGGGUAUCCUUCCAAACAUGACUUUCUUGUUGUUUUCUAUUCAUCCGCUACCAUUCCUCUCCUGUUUCAGCUUUAUGGGCAUCCCUCAAAAAUAUGAAUUCCUUACCAUGAUUUGACCCCAUUUCCAUUUUCUAUAGUUUUUUUCUUUGUGCUACCCUGCUUAUGACCACUUGAUUACUCUCAUCCUCUCGUUUUCUUUUUUCUUUUUAAUAUUUUGUUCGUGGAUAGUCUUUUGGUUGUACUCCUGCUCUGCCACACAAUAACAGCACCGGGGUGUUCAUGGAAAUUGAUCUGAACUAUGCAGUGACUGAGGUGGAGAAGAAUGCAUAUUGUAAUGGGGACUGUGGCAAGGGUGGUUGUGUCUGUUGUUUGUCCUCUUCAACUUCUUCAUGUUCCUCAAUUUCGUCUACGACACCCGUGUCUUCUUCAAUUUAUCUGGAGCUCUGGCAUGCUUGUGCUGGACCUCUCACCACUCUGCCCAAGAAAGGAAAUGUGGUUGUAUACUUCCCUCAAGGUCACUUAGAACAGGCUGCCUCAUCCUCUCCUUUCUCACCCAUGGAGAUGCCAACCUUUGAUCUCCAACCACAUAUCUUCUGCAGGGUUGUAAAUGUCCAACUACUUGCUAACAGGGAGAAUGACGAGGUCUAUACACAGGUUACUUUGCUCCCUCAGCCAGAGUUGGUGGGAAAAAGCUUAAAUGGAAAAGAGCUUCGAGAGUUGGGGGUGGAUGACGAUGGAGCUGGAGGAUCACCUACAAAGUCUACUCCUCACAUGUUCUGCAAAACCCUUACCGCUUCUGAUACCAGCACCCACGGGGGGUUUUCCGUUCCUCGUAGAGCUGCUGAAGACUGUUUUCCUGCUCUGGAUUACAAGCAGCAGAGGCCCUCUCAAGAGCUUGUUGCUAAAGACCUGCAUGGGGUGGAGUGGCGAUUUCGACAUAUUUAUAGAGGUCAGCCAAGGCGGCAUCUGCUCACUACAGGAUGGAGUAUUUUUGUAAGCCAAAAGAAUCUUGUUUCGGGGGAUGCGGUUCUCUUUUUACGGGGUGAAAAUGGAGAGCUGAGGUUGGGAAUUAGAAGAGCUGCACGGCCUCGAAAUGGUCUUCCCGAUUCAAUUGUUGGAAAUGAGAAUUCUCUCUCAAAAGUGCUUUCUCUAGUAGCCAAUGCAAUAUCUACGAAGAGCAUGUUUCAUGUUUUCUACAGUCCAAGGGCAACUCAUGCAGAGUUUGUAAUAUCCUACCAAAAGUAUGUCAAAAGCAUCACCAAUCCAGUGACAAUUGGGACAAGAUUCAAAAUGAGAUUUGAAAUGGAUGACUCACCUGAAAGAAGGUGUAGUGGCGUCGUCACUGGAAUGAGUGACUUGGAUUCCUACAGAUGGCCCAACUCCAGAUGGAGAUGUUUGAUGGUCAGAUGGGAUGAAGAUAUUGCAAGUGGUCAUCAAGAUCGAGUUUCCCCAUGGGAAAUUGAUCCUUCUGUGUCUCUCCCACCCUUGAGCAUUCAGUCAUCCCCACGGCUUAAAAAACUGAGGACAAGUCUACAGGAAACUGCACCUGCCAACCCUGUCACUGCAGGUGGGGUUGGGUUUUUGGACUUUGAGGAGUCUGUAAGAUCCCCUAAGGUCUUGCAAGGUCAAGAAAAUGUAGGUUUCGUAUCACCCAUCUAUGGACGUGAUACUGUAAACCACCCCUUGGAUUUUGAGACGCAUUCUCCUGUGUAUCAAAAUCGAGUAUCAACUGCUAUAGGAAAAUCUAAUAUUGGAGAGUUUUUGAAGGCCCAUCCCGCCACUUUUUCAGGCUUUGCGGAAUCUGAUAGAUUUCCGAAGGUCUUGCAAGGUCAAGAAAUAUGCCCAUUGAGAUCAUUGACAAGAAAAUCCGAAUUCACUUUGGAUGCUUGGGGAAAACUGAAUCCUGGUUGCAAUUAUUUCAAUAUGUAUCAAGAACCAAAACCUAAUUUCUACCCCCUGCAAACAGAGAGCCUUCCAAGCAUGUAUUUCCCUUAUAAUGACAUCUACCAAGUUGGUCAAAAUCCCAGAACUCGAUCUUAUGCAACUAACUUACCAAGAGAAAAUGUCUCCUUCAACACCUCUUCCACUCAGACAGGGGUUGUGACGAAUGAAUUUGGGCUGCGAAAGCUAUCAAAUGAGCAUAGGCCAGCAGAAAAUGUGUCUGCUGCCCCUACUUUAGGGGCAACUAUGAGGAAUACAAUAGAUGAGAAGUUUAAUGGGAAUGUCACUGGCUGUAAACUUUUUGGGUUUUCCUUGACGGGAGAAACUCCAAACUCACAAGUUUCUGGUAAGAGGAGUUGUACUAAGGUUCAUAAGCAAGGCAGCUUAGUAGGAAGAGCCAUCGAUCUCUCCCGACUGAAUGGAUAUGGUGACCUGCUGAAUGAACUAGAGCGGCUGUUUAGCAUGGAAGGCCUUCUACAAGAUCCUGAUAAAGGAUGGCGGAUCUUGUACACCGACAGUGAGAAUGACGUAAUGGUCGUUGGGGAUGACCCAUGGCAUGAGUUCUGUAAUGUGGUGUCCAAGAUCCAUAUAUAUACCCAAGAAGAAGUGGAGAAGAUGACCAUAGGAAUGAUCAGUGAUGAUACUCAGAGCUGUUUGGAACAGGCACCAGUGGUAAUGGAAGCGUCAAAGUCCUCAUCAGUUGGUCAGCCAGAUUCCUCUCCAACAGUGAUUAGGGUUUAAAGAUUAGUGUUGUGUUAAGCAUUCCAUGUUUGCUCCGUUGUAUGUGCAAUUUAUGGACACUGGUUACUAAUCUCCUGUCUAUCGAGUUCUGAGUUCUGUAGUUUCAAUUGCCAAUAUAACCUUUUGGACAUUGAGGUUUUCAGGUAUAGCACGGGUCUCCGCUGCAACUGUUUCGAACCCGUUGAUAUGUCAUGCUAUUACCAGUAAUAAGUGUAGACUGCUAUCAGUAUUGGACAUUGAAGAUGCUAGUUACUUGUA